UUUUUGCGUACAUCUUGCGUACUCGAGACCCCCACUUGCUGCAUACAUCGUGUUUCGAGUCGUACUACUUUUUUUCGAGUUUCCAGAUGCUUCUUCCCAAAUUUCUACUUUUAACAGCAUUUCUUGAGUUUGCCAGUGCUAUUUGUGCUGACAGUAAUGAUCAAGAAAUCAAAGGAUUUUGCUUCAAGUUUGUAACCCAACAGUUGACAUUCACAGAUGCUCGUACUUGGUGUCAUUUGAAGAAUCCUGUCGGUCCUUCUUAUUUGGCUUAUGUCCCUAGCCAGGACACAUCAACUUACUUAGCAUUUUACGCUCGUUCUGCAUUUGGCGCGGAUGCUGAAGUCUUUUGGAUUGGUCUCAGUAGAAACGCCUCGUCUGGAUCCUUGUCUUGGGAUAACGGGCUUCCAGUCGCUUAUACCAAUUUUGGCACAAACGUCGGAAAAAACUACUUCACUGAGAGCAUCUCCAAUACUAAAUGGGAUACACUGGGCGAUGGUGAUUUGAAUUUCUUUGUCUGCAGUUAUGCGCCUAUUGUCAACUCAACGACAAUGACAAGUAUCACUGGUACCACAAAACGAAUGACAACCACUACAAUAGAAAAACUUAAUUGCAAACCCGGUGAUCACCAAAUUAUUUUGUUCGCUUAUUCAAAUGACUUGGCUCCAAGUGUUGUGACGGAUGCAUUGUAUUAUUCUUCACUUUCAAGCCAAUCUGUUACUUACGCCGUUUCGAGAUUUGAUUUACGUCAGCCAGAAGAUAUCCAAUACUUUAGUGACUACAGUCUAUUCUCUUCUUACGUUUCCUCUCAUCUACCGGAUUAUACAUUAGGAUUCGAAGAAGCAACAACAGGAAGUAAUGUGUUUGAAGUUAUUAACAAAUUUUACGACAACACCCAAGCCACGUGUGGUUCAAAUCUUAUAAUUUUGUCGAAACGAUACCCCAAUACAGCAGAUGUAUCGAACAUUGUGCUUAAAGUUCGAAAAAGUCAAGGAAUGGUCAAUUUUCUUGCGUCUCAUGCUCCUUCUGGCGGUACAGUGUCUCAGGGGCUUUAUGAUCUGUGUUCUCUAACCAAUGGAAUCUACUCUAUUGGACGCGAUUCCUCUUUCUCAAAUAUGAUCGAAUCAAUGCCUAUACGCUAUAGAUACGCAAUAUAUGCUGACAAUCCCAAAGUAUCAGGACAAGGAUCUCAAACACUCGCUUCAAUGUCCGUACCAGCCGAUGGUACUUAUUAUUUGUCAAUGAUGCUUCAAAACCAUACUCCGGUCAACACUACUCAAUCUGUACUCCUACACUGGUAUAGUCCAUAUUCUAGAUACUCGAGCACAGCGAGUGUGCACGGGUUAUCUUUUGAAACUAAUAAUAAUGGCGCAAAUUCGGAAAUACUUGAUGCGGCAAUAUACAAUGUGACAUUGGACUUUGUUUAUUUCACUAGUGAAACUAUGCAAAUCAGAUUUUACGGAACCUCUACUGAUCAUUGGUUGCCGUACGCUGAUUGAUAACUAUUAACUUCUACCACUUACCUCCAAUAAAACUACUGUGUUUUCUUGUCGAAUUCAAAUUUCCAAAACUCAACUUACUUCGGCUUUCGAGAAAAUGUUGGAUAUUUCCUAGAUUUAUGUAUACAUUCAUUUAAGAUUUUGUUGAAAUUGUUGUGCUUGGGUUUCCGAAUUUCCUGAUAAGCUAUUAAAACUUUUUUGGGGCGAGUCACUGAAAUCACUGAACACUCGUCGCAUUUGCUUCACAUUAUUCACUUUUUCAUAUGUUUCCCAAAAUAUCUAUCCUGAGAUCCCUAGUCCGGAUAUCUCGUUCCGCUUGUUCUGAUAGUAAGGACAAUGAGAUUCAAGGGCAAUCUAAAAA